UGCAUGGGAGGCCCCGCCCCGCUCUUUGCAGGACGUCACUGGGUUCUGCAGGGGCCCGAGCCACCGGAGCCGCCGGAGCCUCCAGAGCCACCGAAGCCACCGCCGCCGCAUUGGUGCAAGGGAGCCAGGCUGCUGCAGACUGCGCGCUAGGGCGAGAUGGCAUCAGCCACGGACUCCCGCUAUGGACAAAAGGAAUCCUCCGAUCAGAACUUUGAUUACAUGUUCAAGAUUCUCAUCAUUGGGAACAGCAGUGUAGGGAAGACGUCCUUCCUGUUCCGGUAUGCUGAUGACUCAUUCACCCCAGCCUUUGUCAGCACGGUGGGCAUAGAUUUCAAGGUGAAGACCAUCUAUCGCAAUGAGAAGAGGAUCAAGCUGCAGAUCUGGGACACAGCUGGGCAGGAGCGCUACCGGACCAUCACCACAGCCUACUACCGAGGGGCCAUGGGCUUCAUCCUCAUGUACGACAUCACCAAUGAGGAGUCCUUCAAUGCUGUACAGGACUGGUCAACCCAGAUCAAGACGUACUCAUGGGACAACGCACAGGUGCUGCUUGUGGGAAACAAGUGUGACAUGGAGGAUGAGAGAGUUGUCUCCUCCGAGAGGGGCCGGCAGCUGGCGGAGCACCUGGGAUUUGAGUUCUUUGAGGCCAGCGCCAAGGACAAUAUCAAUGUGAAACAGACCUUUGAGCGCCUGGUGGAUAUCAUCUGUGAGAAGAUGUCAGAGUCUCUGGACACAGCUGACCCCGCCGUGACUGGAGCCAAGCAGGGCCCCCAGCUCACAGACCAGCAGGCACCCCCACACCAGGACUGUGCCUGUUAAGGCCCUGGGCCCAGGCUCUGUCCUCUCCUUGGUGGUCACUAGCAUUCCCCCUCCUGCUCUCCCACCCUGAUGGGUCACUCCCCUUGUGUGCCCCCCCACUCCCUCACUCCAGGGCCACAGGGCCCAGAGCCCAUGGGGAGAGUGGGGCCUCAUGGGGAAGGAUGGGUCUAGGAUGUCUUGAAGCCUCCUCCCUCCCUUAGUCUCUCCCUCUUAGCUCUUAGGAGCUUCUAUCCCUGUAACUUAUUUUAAUUUAUUAAGCUAUUUAUUUAUUUGGAGACUUGUUAAAGGGACCAUGCCCCACUUGCUGAAGCCCAUCUCUCCAUCCCCAACCCUUGUCACACUCCAUUUCCUGGUCUCCCAUAGGCCAAUCUCCUUAGCCCAAAACAGAGUGGGGGAGAACUGGGCCACCCACAGGUCAUUCCUUCCAUUCCCUCCCAGCUGCUAGGCCCCUCCUUACUUCCUGGCCCCUGCUCCUUGUAGAAAUCCAUUUCCCUCUUCCUUGUGCUGUCUUCCUACUUGUACAUAUCCAAGACUGAACCCUGUACAUAGGAUUAGUGAGUGGUCCUGGUGUGUUCCAUGCUGUGCUGACUUGUACCCACGGAUUUCUUUUAGCCACUUGGUGUCUGUUUAUCAUCACUUCUUAAAUCCAGCAUUUCAGGGCAUAACUCCUAAGGGACAGAGGGGCCGUGUAACAGCCGCCUCAUAGCAAGCCAUUCCUCCUACUGUCUCUGGGGCUGGCUGACAGAAGCAGGCUGGGAGCCCCUGACCUUUCCUGUGACCUCUCUGGGCCUGCUCAGGUUUGUACAAGAUGAAGGGCUUGGGUCUCAUGCUCUCCAAGGCCUGCUCUGGCUCCACUGUUGGUACGUUUGGCCGUUUGGCUUAACUUACUAAGAAUACCUUGGACAGGGGCCCUGUCUGGCCCUAACUCCCCUUCCACAUCCUGGGACAUUUUUUUUUUUUUAAAGGGGAGGGGGGGCACCAAGGAGCAUGUUUCCUGCAGGUUGUCUGCUCCCAUGUGUUUGUAUAAUUGUUUCCCGUGGAGAAUGUGAGUUAGUGACUGUAUCAGCAACCAAACUCCAGUAUCACUUCUUUUUCAUUUGGGGGGGGGUGGGGGGGGGGAGUGAGGGGCGUGUACCCACGCAGAUCCCUGACCGUUAACCUAGCAAAAGCUCUUCUUGGUGUGGUUUUCCUGAUGACCUUCUGGGGACGGCUACACUGUACUGUGCCCAUGUGACAUGUGUCAAACAGGUUGUUUCCUAAAUCACUGUAUCACAAAAGUGUCGUGAGAACAAUAAAAUCCUGCUGAGCCCGGUC